AUGACUCAGUCGCAACAGCUAAAACAGCACCCGUUGAUCAAGAACGGUUGGUUUAAGGAGGUCAACGAAGAGCACUUCCCCGGUCAAGGGUUCGCCUUGCAAGUGGAAGAAGUGUUGCACACAUCCCGAAGUCAGUUCCAGGACAUCCUGGUCUUCAAAAGUGUUUCGUAUGGGGUGGUACUAGUAUUGGAUGGUAUUAUUCAAUGCACUGAGAGGGAUGAGUUUGCGUACCAGGAAAUGAUUGCUCAUGUUCCAUUGUACUUGCACAAUGAACCCAAGAGGGUCCUUGUCGUGGGCGGUGGUGAUGGGGGUGUCAUAAGAGAGGUAGUCAAACACCAGUGUGUCGAGAGAGCCACGUUAGUCGAGAUUGAUAAGACCGUCAUUGAACUUUCCAAGAAGUAUCUUCCUGAAAUGUCUGUGGCGUUCCAUCAUAAUAAGGUGGAAGUGGUGUUAUGCGAUGGAUUCCAGUAUCUUCAGGAGAUGGCCGUGAAGCAAGAGGACCAGAAAUAUGAUGUUAUCAUCACAGAUAGUUCAGACCCAGAUGGACCUGCUGAGGCAUUCUUUCAAGAAGGUUACUUCCAAUUGCUUCGUGGGGCAUUGAAGGAUAAUGGUAUUCUCAUUGCUCAAGCCUCUGAGAACGUCUGGUUGGAUCUGAAAUACUUGACUCAAUUGGUCCAUACGGCUAAGACUGUGUUCCCCAAUACAAAAUACUGUUAUACAAUGGUCCCCACGUACACAUCAGGUCAGUUGGGUCUUAUCGUUUGUAGUAAAGACGAGUCCUUGGAUUUGACUGUGCCAACCCGUCAACCAACACCUGAAGAACAGGACCAAAUAAGGUAUUAUAAUUCAAGCAUUCAUUCUGCUGCAUUCGUAUUGCCCACUUGGGCUAACAAGUUGAUUAACAAAUAA